UUUUCACAUUCCAGCCCUCCGUUCUGUGUGCGACUCGAGUCGUUCCCAUCUGCACGGACGGAAAACGCAGGUGUGUUUCACAAACAAAUCUUGGAAACGCCUUUGACAGCCGUUCCCUGAAUCAUGACGAGUUUGGUCAAAAGACAAACGAACGAUUUCCUCCCUCGACAUGGUCGGACCCAGGACUCUGGAACGCGCUCCAUCAUGAAUCGGCUCUACUGGCUCGGCCGCAUCGCAGUCGCAACGUGCUGCACUCUGGCAUUGGUCCUGCUCGUGGUAUGGCAUCGAGAGUAUAUCCCUGCGGUCUGGCAUGAUGACCCUGACCCUGCCGAGCCUACCAUUGCGCGGGAACCCUUCCACAAGCCUUUGCCUCACAUCCGCCGCAUUGCUUGUAAAGGACCACGAGGCUUGCGCUUGGAUGACCGGGACUCUCGUGACCUACAGCGGCCUCUGAAAGCUCUGCCCGGAGCCCUGAAUGUCACAAUCUUCCCACGGCCGACAAUCGGCUCAUACGAAGAACUGGGACUGGAAAAGUCGUGGAUGUCCUUUGCGCAGCGAUAUGGACCUUAUGGCUAUGGCGAGCAGGAGACCUCGUACGACUUUCCGAGAGUUAACUGGAACAAGGUCGAUUGGGGCGCACUACAGACCGAGUGUUUGCAAGACAAUGAGCGCAUGUUUGGCGCAUCGAACCAGAGCAUUGGCGAGAAUAGAUUUCGACUUCGAAACGAAACCACUGCGCCCAUCUUGCCUCCAACUUCGAGGACGGGCCGACAUGCUAUUGUAAUGCGGACAUGGAGUACUUACGUCUACAAAGAUGAAGACUACUGGAAUCUUCGCUCGAUCAUCAAUGAAGCCAGUCUGGCGACUGGAGGAAAGUACAGCGUCAUCUUGCUUGUUGAUGUCAAGUGCAAAGGCUGCGAGACUAUUCACAGCGACCCAAGCAAAUACCAGCGGGUACUCGAGGAGUCAGUCCCGAAGGAAUUCCGCAACAUCGCAGUUCUUUUCCAUCCGAAACUUCAAGAGAGCUGGUACGACAAGAUCGGAGAGUAUAAACCGUUCUGGCAGAUCAUGCAGCCUUUACAGCUGCUUGCGCACUUCUACAACGACUUCGAUCAUUACUGGCAAUUCGAAAUGGACACUCGCUUCACGGGCCACGUAGGCGAUAUGCUCGAGGCUUUCGAUCGAUUCGGGGCAGCGCAGCCGUACAAGCAAGCGCUGGAGAGGGCAUCGUUCGCUUACGUUCCGAAAAUCCACGGUACCUACGAAAAGUUCACCAAGGCCAUCGACGAAGCGAGCAAAGGCAGUAGCUCAGUGUGGGGUCCGGUCAAAGUUAAGGACGUCACGCCCAUCGGACCCACGCCGUUAAUGCAGGAUCCACGGAACGGCUCUUUGGAAUGGCGAGUCGGAGAAGAAGCCGACCUCCUCGUACUCGGCCCCAUCACCGACGUCCGUACCUCACACUGGCCAUUCGGAUACUGGCGUACAGGCGACCUCAAAGACUACGACAACCUCCCACGCUACCUGACAACCCCCGCACAAGCACGAGCAUCCUGGGAACUACUCGAAGGCAUCCACCGCGCACAACACGAUCACGGCAUAGCAGUAGCCAGCGAGUCCACCCUGCCCUCCUUCGCAGUAUGGCUCGGUCUCAAAAUCGUCUCACUUCCAAUCCCCAAAUUCCAAUUCCCCGAACGAGACAUCUUGGAACUGUCAAGCGUCAUGAACGGCGAAGGCUACGGCGACGGGAUCGCGAGAGGCAUCGAUUUGCCGUUCUUCGUUCGGCCGUUGACGUGGAGUUGGUGGAGCUCGCUGUGCGAUCCGGUUUUCGAGCGGUGGAUGGGACUGCAGCCGGAACAUUUCAAGGGAGAUGGUGGAGAGCAUACGCACCCGGAGUAUGUGGAGGUGCCGAAUGAGCUGCCUUGGUUUAUGGCGGAGGUGAAUGGGACGGUUUAUAUGCCUGGGGUAAGUGGUCUUUUUUUUUGUGUGUGUUUAAUUGAUGUUGGAGUGGGUCGGUACUGA